AUGUUUCGUACAAUCCCAUUAGAUUUGUUAUCUACAUCGAAUUUGAAUGAGUCAAAUUUUGAUCACCUACCAAAAAUCCUUUUUAUAGGAGAAACCGGUGCUGGAAAAUCAACAUUCAUGAAUUAUCUAUAUAAUUAUUUCAAUAAAGGUGAAUUAAAUAAUCUUAAAAAUACCAUUCCUUGUAAAUAUCAUCCGAUAAUAACUGAAGAAUUUUCUCAUUAUGAAUUAAAUAUUAAUGAUAAUACUCAAUCGAAAACAAAUGACUGCACAAGAUAUAUUUUUGCUGAUUGA